AUGUUGGGAAAAGGGGUUGGUUUGGGUGUGUUGGAGGGGGGUGUGGGGGGUGGGGGGGGGGUUUGUUGGGUGUGUGUGUGUAGGGGGAUUUGUUGGGAUAGUGUGUUGGAGGUUUUUGGAUGGGGGGGUGAAGGGGGGUUUUGUUUUGGUUUUUGGUUUGUUGGUGGGGGGGGGGUGUGGGGGGGGUUGAGUUUUGGUUGGGGUUGUUGUUUUUGUUUUGGGUUUUUUGGGGGUUGUUGUUGUGUUUGGUGGUGUGGUGGUUUUGGUGGUGUUUUUGGGGGUGUGUUGUGGGGUGGGGGGGGGUGUGGUGUUGGGGGUGGGGUUGGUUUGGUGGGUGGGGUUUUGGUGGGUUGUUUUGUUGUUUGUUGGUGUUUGGGUUGGGGGUUGUUUGGGGGGGGGGGGGUGGGGGGUUGGUGUUGGUUGGGGGGGGGUUGGUGGGGUGUUUGGUGUGGGGGGUGUUGUUGUUGUUUUGUUGUUGUUGUGGGUGGUCUGGGGGGGUGGGGGUUUGUUGGUUUUUGGUUUUGGUGUUGGGGGGGGGGGGGUUUUUUUGGUGGUGUGUUGUGUGUUGGGUGGGGGGGGGUUGGUUUUGUGGGUGGGGGUUGUUUGGUGGGUUUUUUUGUGUGUUUUGGGGGGUUUGGUGUUGUUUGGUGGGGGGUGGGUUGUUUUGGGUUGGGGUGGGGGGUGGGGGGGUUUUGGGUGUGGGGGGGGGGGUGGUUGGGUUGGGGGGUGGGGGGGGUGUGGGGGGGUGUUGGUGUUUGGUGGGGGGUGUUGGAGGUGGGGGUUUGGGGGGGGGGUGGGGGUGAGGUGGGGGUUGUUUGUGUGUGUGGAGUGGUGUUUGGUAGGGGGUUUUGGGUGGGGGUGAGGGUUGUUGUUGGAUUGGUGGGGGGUGGGGUGGGUGUGUGGUUGGGUUUUGGGGUGGGGGUGGUUGUGGGUUGUGGGUGGUGGGGUGGGUGUUGUGGGGGGGUGGGUGGGUUGUGUUUUGGUGUGGGGGGUUGGUGUGUUUGGGGGUGGUGUUGUGUGGGUGUUGUUGGGUUGGGGGGGGGGUGGUGGUGGGGGGUGGGGGGGUGGGGGGGGGGGGUUGGUGGGGGGUGUGUGGAGGGGGUUUUGUUUGGGUGUGGUGUUGGGGGGUUGGGGGGGGGGUGGGGGUUUGUUUGGGGGGGGUGGGUGGGGGGGUUGUGGGUGGUGGGUUGGGGUGGGGGGUUUUGGGGGGUGGGUGGUGGUGAGGUGGGGGGUGGUGGGGUGGUGGGGUUUGUUGUGUGGGUGGUGGGGGGGGUGGGGGGGUGGUGGGGGGGGUGGGGUGGGGGGUGGGGUGGGUGGGGUGUGGGGGGGGGGGGGGGUGGGGGUGGGGUGGGUGGGUUGGGGGGUGGGGUGGGGGGGGUGGGGGUGGGGGGGGGGGUGUGUGGGGGGUGGUGUGGGGGUUGUGUGUGGGGGGGGGGUGGGGGUGGGGGGUGGUGGUUGGUGGGUGUGGGGGUGGGGGUGUGUGUGGGGGGGGGGGGUGGGGUGGGGGGGGGUGGGGGGGUUUGUGGUGGGGUUGGGGGGGGGGGGGGGGUGGGUUGGGGUGGUUGGGGGGGGUGUGUGGGUGGGGGGGGGGGGGUGGGGGGGGGUGGGGUUGGGGGGUUGGUUGGGUGUGGGGUUGGUUGGGUGGGGGGGGGGUGGUGUGUGGGGGGGGUGGGGUGGGGGGGGUGGGUGGUGGGGGGUGGGGUGGGGGUGGGGGGGGGGGGGUGGUGGGGGGGGUGGUGGGGGGUGGGGGUGUUGUGGGGGGGGUGUGGUUGUUGGGUGGUGGGGUUGGGGGGUGGGGUGGGGAGGGUGGGGGUGUGGGGGGGGGUGGGGUGUUGGGUGUGGGGGGGGGGGGGGGUUGGGGGGGGGGGGGUGUGUUGUGGGUUGGGUUGUGGGGGGGGGUGGGGGGGGGGUGUGUGUGGUGGUGGUGUGGGGGGGGGGGGUGGGUUGUGGUGGGUGGGUUGGGGGGUGUGGGGGGUGGGUUUUGGGGUGUUUGGGGGGUGUUGGUGGGGUGGGGGGGUGGGGGGGGGGUGUGGGGGGUGGGGGGGUGGGGUGGGGGGUGGGGGGUGUGGGGUGGGUGGGUGGGUGGGGGGUGGGGGUGGUGUGUGGGGGGUGUUGGUGGGGGGGGGGUUUGGGUGGGUUGGUGUGGGGGGGUGGGGUGGGUGGGGGGGGGGGGGGGGGAGGGGGAGGGGGUUGUGGUGUGUGGGUGGGUGGUGGGGGUUGGGGGGUUUGGGGGGGGGGGGGUGGGGUGUUUUGGGGGGGGGGGGGUUUUUUUGGGUUUAUUUUUUUUGGGGUGUGUGUUUGGGGGGUGGGGUUGGGGGGUUGGUGUUGGGGGUGGGUGGGUGUGGGGGGGGUGGGGGGGGGGGGUGGUUGGGGGGGGGGGUGGGGUGGUUUGUGGGUUGGUGGGUGUUUUUGGGGGUGGGGGGGUGGGGGGGUUGUGGGGGGGGUGUGUGGGGGGGGGGGUUGGGGGGGGGUGUGGGGUGUGUUGUGUGGUGUGUGGGUGUGGGUGGGGGUUUGUUGGGGGGUGGGGUUGGGGGUUGUGUUGGUGUGGGUGGGUUGUUUUGGGGGGGGGGGGUGGGUGGUGGGGGGGUGUGGGUGGUGGGGGGUGGGGGGGGUGUGUGUUGUGGGGUUUUGGGUGGGGGGGGUGUGGUGGUUUUGUGGGUGGGGGGUGGUGGGGGUUGGGGGUGUGUGGUUUGGGUUUGUUGUGGUGGGUGGGGUGGGUGUGUGGUGGUGGUGUGGGGGGUGUUUGGGUUGGUUGGGGGGGGGUGGUGGGGGGUUGGGGUUUGUGGGGUGGGGGGGGGGUUGUGGGGUGUUGGUUUGGUGUGGUUGGGGGGGGGGGUUUUGGUUUUGGUGGGGGGUGGGGGGGGGGGGUGGGGUGGUGGGGGGGGGGGUGGUUGGGGGGGGUGUUGGGGUUGGGGUUGUGUGGGGGGGUGGGGGUGGGGUGGGGGGGGGGGGGGGGGGGGGGGGGGGGGGGUGUGGUGUGGUUUUGUUGGUGUGUGUUGGUGGUUUGUGGGGGGUGUUGUUGGGGGUGUGGGGGGGUGGGGGGUGGGUGUGUGGGUUUUUGGGGGGGGGGGGGGGUGGGUUGUGUGUUUGGGGUUGGGGGUGGGGGGGGGUGGGGUGGGGGGGGUGGGGUUUGUGGGGGGUUGGGGGGGGUGUGUGUUUUGGGGGUGUGGGGGGGGGGGGGUGUGGGGUGUUUUUGUUUGGGGGGUGGGUGGUGGGGGUGGUUGGGGUUGGGGGGGGGGUGGGGGGGGUUUGGGGGGGGGGGGGGGGGGGGUGGGGGUAGUUGGUUGUGGUGGUGGUGGGGUUGGGGGGUGGGGGGGGGGGGUGGGUGGGGGUGGGGGGGUGGGGGGGGGGGGUGUGGGGGGGUUGGGGGGUUUGGGUGGGUUGGGGGGGGGUGUGGGGGGGGGGUGUGUUGUGUGGUUGGGUGGGUGUUUGGUGUGGGGUUGGUGUUUGGGGGUGUGGUUGGUGGGGAGUUUGUGGGGUGUUUGGUUGGUGUUUUUGUGUUGGGGGUUGGUGGGGGUGGGGGUGGUGUGGGUUGGGGGGGUUUGGGGUUGGGUGGGGGUUUUGUGUUGUGUGUGUUGGGUGGGGGGGGAGGUGGGUUUUUUGUUUGUGGGUUGGGUUUUUGGGUUGGUGUGGUGUGGGGGGGUGUUGGUUUUUUUUUUUGUUUGUUGUUUUGUUUUGGUUGGUGGGGGUUGUUGUGUUUUUGGGGGGUGUGGAUUUGUAGGGGGGGGGGGGGGUGUUUGGGUUGUUGUGGUGUUGGUGGUGGGGGGGGGUUUGUUGUUGGGGGGGUUGGGGUUUUUUUGGAUGUUUGGAUGUUGGUGA